AUGAGCUCCGCACCCCCCCAGCCCACGGUGCUUCUCACGCUCGAGGGCAUAGUCCACAACGCGCAUCUCUUCAACGCGCUGCACACGCACGCCAAUGUCUUCACGGUCAAGAGCAAGGCAGAGGCCCUCUCCUUCCUCGCCGCGCACACGCCACACGCCGUGCUGCUGACCGACGCGGCGCUCUCGACGGACGCGUACCGGGACCUGUGCGAGCGUCUGCACAGCUACGUGCUCAGCGGCGGGAUCGCCGUGAUGUGCAACGAGUUCAGCAGCUUCCUGAAGACGCCAGUGUUCAACCGGUGGAUCUACCACCGCACGGACUUCUAUCUCAACCGCGCCGCCGCCGCCGUCUGCCUCCUGCCCGGCUUGCUGCCAGUCUACUCGAUGAAGGCGUCCAGUCUGAAGGGCGUCGACGCCCCCAGCAGGGUGUAUCAGCCCGCAGAAGACUCGUUCACCCAGAGUAAUGUGUUCGCGCCGGAGCGCGUGCAGGAUCAGACGCAGGCCCCGGUGGCGUAUAGGAUGGUCGGCCGCGGCUGGCUGGGGUAUGUCGGUGAUGUCAACUAG